CUCAGUCCGGGCUGCAGUUAUGUAGCAGGAACUGCAGCUGCUCGACAUUGAGGAAAGAUGGCGACCAGAGUCCUUCAGAGCCUGGGAAAGGGCCUGCACCAGGCUAGCAACGGGUUCCUACCGAAACAGCAGGUGGUAUUAACUAUCAGAACCCUGUCUGCGUCCUCAAAUCUAAACCGAGAAGACAGCUGGUUUAAGUCUCUCUUUGUGCGAAAGGUUGACCCCCGGAAGGACGCGCAUUCUCAUCUGCUGGCCAAGAAAGAAGACCAUAACCUGUAUAAAAUUCAGUUUCACAAUGUCAAGCCAGAGUGCCUUGAUGAUUAUAACAAACUUUGCGAACAAGUCUUGCCGUCUAUCCACACCAACCCUGAUUAUCCGUGUGAGCUGGUGGGCACCUGGAACACGUGGUAUGGAGAGCAGGAUCAAGCAGUGCAUCUGUGGCGAUACAGAGGAGGCUACCCCGCCCUGACUGAUGUCAUGAACAAACUCAGGACGAAUAAGGAGUUCAUGGAGUACAGAGAAAAGCGAGGGAAGAUGCUGCUGUCCCGUAGAAAUCAGCUGCUGCUCGAGUUCAGCUUCUGGAACGAGCCCGUGCCCAGAACCGGGCCCAACAUAUACGAGCUCAGAUCCUACCAACUCCGGCCUGGAACGAUGAUCGAGUGGGGAAAUUACUGGGCUCGGGCUAUCGAGCUCCGACAGCAGAACAACGAGGCGGUGGGAGGCUUCUUCUCUCAGAUUGGAAAUUUGUACAUGGUGCAUCACCUGUGGGCAUACAAAGACCUGCAGUCAAGAGAGGAAACUAGAAACGCAGCUUGGCAGCAUGAAGGUUGGGACGAAGCUGUCUAUUACACAGUUCCUCUGAUUCAGCACAUGGAGUCGAGAAUAAUGAUUCCACUGAAGACUUCGCCUCUGAAGUAGCUGCCUCGUCAUGACCCGGACAGAAAGCUGCAAAUCAGAUUGAUUGUUUGUUUUUUAUUACAAGAGUCCAACUGAAUUUCAAUCAGAUUUUGCACUGCUGUGGAUCUCUGCUCAGUUUUGAAAACGAUUUUUUGUAGCAUUCUAACCUUUUCAUUUCCCCCCUCGGUUUUGCGCCGUUUCCCAAAUUUUCUUACGCUCAUUGAUUAGAUUUGUGCGGCCAUUUCGAUCAGAAUUUCUCAACACGAGAAAUGAAUUACUCCGAAUACACACAGCACUCUAAAAUAAAUUUUUUUUUUUUUUUUUUUUUUUUUUAAAAACAUAAGGUCUCCUAGAAGAACGGGGUGUGUUUUGUUUUUUUUUCCCCUCCUGGUUUGUGCUUGUUACCAUAGUUACAGCAGUUACAGCGCUUCUGUUGUUCAUGUCAUGAAGCCUUUUCAAUGUUUUCUUUAAAAUCCAUUCAGGAUGUUUUGUCUGUCACUUCAUUUUGGGAUGUUGGCACCUUUUUUCUGAUUUCUGAGUGACUUCCAGCAUGCUGGUUUUUUUUUUUUUUUUGUGUGUGUAAUCCUGUUUUUUUUGUGUGUGUUUUUCAUUGAGUACGAGACAUUGAUCAAAACAUCCUGAUCUGGAACUUUAGUCAAUAAUGUUCUUGUCUUCUGCAUAUUUACUGUAGUUCAGUUUUAUAACAGUAAGUAAUAGAUCUGUAAUAGAAACCGAAACCAUGUGGGUGAUUAACGCAGGUAGUGCGAGUCUUGUGUGCAGAAAUAAUUGUCUAAUACAAAUGGAAUAAAUGGUGAGGUUAAAAUUGAGUAAUACACAAUGCUUAUUUUACUGUAAGAAACCCAAGACGGGAUAGUUUGCUGAAUACUGACGGUGGAUGUGUGAAACGUAAUUGUGUGUAUAUAUAUAUAUAUAUAUAUAUAUAUAUAUAUAUAUAUAUAUGUAUAUAUAUAUAUAUAUAUAUAUAUAUAUAUAUAUAUAUAUAUAUAUAUAUAUAUAUAAUGUAUAUACACACACAUAUUUGAACUGAAGUGGGAAAACAGUUCAAAUGCGACUUCUUCAAAACGACAACCCUUUAAGCUGGGGUUCUAACCGGUAAAUUUGACCGUCAUUUCUUUCAUUUGCAGCAGUGUUGUCUGUCUAGAUCAUUUCCAGUCACUGACUAGGUUACAGCCAUGACGUGUGACGAAUUGUCGUACCUGUCCUCUUUUAUCCCAGAGAUCACCUUGUUAAUGAACGAAUAACGGAUUAUCAGACAACGUGGAAGCUUAAUCUUUCCACUUUGGGAAACUGGCGAAACUGGCAGGAUGUAGUUCUACUCAGCCAAACUGAGAUUCUGUGUGGAUAAUGGAUGGAUUCAUACGUGAUAUGCAAUGUGGUUUUAUUUAAUAUCCACUGCUUUGAGGAGAUUAGAUGUACACACUGAAAUAAAUUUAUGAUUGAACUACA